AUGGGAUGGGGAAGGGCCGAGCUUGCGGCGGCGUUGGCCGUGGUGGCGCUGGCGGUGCUAGGCGGCGCCGCCGGGGGGGCGGGGGCGGGGACGGGGGGAAUGGAGGGGCUGGAGAUAUGCAAUAUGGACGCGGAGCAGCUGGCGGGGUGCCUGCCGGCGAUGCGCGCGGGGGCGCCACGCUCACCGAGUGAGGCGUGCUGCGCGGCUUUGGGGGCGGCGGACUUGCCUUGCCUGUGCCGGUACAAGGGGAACGUACUUCUGAGAACCGUGGGGGUGGACCCAGAGCUCGCCGCGGCGCUGCCGGGCAAAUGUGGCAUCGCUUCGCCGCCGGAGUGCAGCGGUAAGAGUCCACCAUCUCUUCACUCUCUCUCUCACAUUCUCUCGCUGUGGUCCGACUCACUGUUUGACACCCUUUGA